AUGUCAAGCCCAUCAAGCGAACAUUCUGACCACGGCUCUACGCAUUUGCACACCAAGGCCGACCCCAACAUGGCUCUUUACGAAGCUCAGCCCAUUGCCGUGAACACCGAGCCAGGAACUCGUGAUGGAUAUUCUCUCCGAAACAAGCAAUUCAGGGACCGGGACGGCAAUAUUAUCACUGAUCCCGAUCGUUCUAACCCGACCCGACCUCGUCUAGAGCGACCUCUCGACACCAUUAGAGCCUUCGAGGCUGCCAUUGAGAAUCAUCACAGACAAGGCCGUGCAUGA